CUUUGCGGGUCAGGGCUGCACAAGAAGCGCUCCGGGGGCACUGAGGGGUGUCCAGUUCCGACUCCGCGCUGCCUCCUCACUCCUCCGCGGGCGCGGAGAGCAACGCGGAAGGAGUGGCUUGAGGCUGCGCGCUCUCUCCUGAAUGGCUGGCGGCCGCGGCUCCCGAGCCAUCCCUGGGGAGGAGUUAUGAUAAUCCUAUUGCCAUUAAGGGCGUCUGGGCAGGGAAAAAAACCCGAGUGACCAUAAGCGCGGAGGUUUAGUCCGUCAUCUGCCUUCAUGCCUGCCAACUGAGCUCCGUCCGGGGGGCAGCUCCUCUUCCCCAGCGCCGACGUGGAUUUACCGCCCGUGGGGGGGGGCUGAGCUCUCGUCUGUUUUCGGUACCACACACCUGGUUUGGACGCUGGACGCCAUGUUGUGGAAGCUAGCAGAUAAUGUCAAGUAUGAAGAGGACUGCGAGGACCGUCAUGAUGGGAGCAGCAACGGGAACCCGCGGCUUCCGCACCUCUCUGCGGUCAGCCAACACCUGUACAGCCCGGCUCCGCCGCUCUCCCACUCGGGCGCCUCCGACUUCCAGCCCCCUUACUUCCCCCCGCCGUACCAGCCGCUGCCUUACUCCCAGUCCAGCGACCCUUACUCCCACCUCGGGGACCCCUUCUCCAUCAACCCGCUGCACCAGCCGCCGCCGCCGCCCCCCAGCCAGCAGCAAAGCCCCUGGCCCAGCCGGCAGAGCCAGGACCCUCCCGGCCUCGCCCCCCACGGCCGCCCCGGCCUCGUCCCGCACCUCUCGGCGCUGGAGAGCGGCUCCGCCGGCGCCCGCAGGGAAACGUACCGCCGCUCCGAGCUGCUCCUGCCCCACGGGCACGGGCUGGAUGCUUCCGCACUGGCCGAUAACCUGGGCCUGCACGACAUGGCUCACCAGAUGGAGGAGGUGCAGAACGUGGAAGAUCAACACUUACUAAUGCAUGACCAGACAGUCAUUAGAAAAGGUCCCAUUUCCUUAACGAAAAACAGUGCUCUGAGUCUUCCCUGCCAAAAGGAUGGACUAAUUGGAGUGGUCAUAAACCCCAAUGAAGUAUUUUGUUCGGUUCCGGGCAGACUUUCCCUCCUGAGCUCCACAUCGAAAUACAAAGUGACAGUAGCAGAGGUGCAGAGGCGGCUCUCACCCCCCGAAUGCCUCAAUGCCUCUUUGCUGGGAGGCGUACUCCGAAGAGCUAAAUCUAAAAACGGUGGCAGAUCAUUAAGGGAAAAACUGGAUAAAAUUGGCUUGAAUCUUCCUGCUGGUAGAAGGAAAGCUGCAAAUGUGACACUAUUGACAUCUUUGGUGGAAGGUGAAGCUGUACAUCUUGCUCGUGAUUUUGGUUAUGUAUGUGAGACAGAGUUUCCUUCCAAAGCAGUGGCCGAAUAUCUAACUAGACCACACAUGGGCCGUAACGAAAUGGCAAACAGGAAGAAUAUGCUUCUUGCUGCAAAGCAGAUCUGUAAGGAAUUCACAGACCUCCUCACUCAGGACAGAACUCCUCUUGGAAACACGAGACCUAGUCCCAUCUUGGACCCUGGCAUCCAGGGCUGUUUGACUCAUUUUAGCCUGAUCACGCAUGGCUUUGGGAGCGCUGCCAUCUGUGCUGCCAUGACAUCCGUCCAGAACUACCUAAAUGAAGCAUUAAAAAUAGCAGACAAAACAUACAUGAACGCUGGCGACCAGAGCCCUGCAGAAACCAACAAAACCAUUGAUAAAAUGGAUAAGCACAGGAAGUAAAAGGAGGGAAACCAGACUUUAAACUCUUCCUCCUAAGCACAGACUGGGAUCUUCUUGGCAGGGGGAACGUAGAAAUUUGUUUUUUUUGGUGGUUUUCUUUUUCUUUUUUUUUUUCUUCUUAAAGAAAAGAGGGAAAAAGGGUGGAAAAAAAAUUCAUCUUAUUCAGGAUCAUCACUCCUCCUGGAUCCAUGAGACAAGUCUUUCUAAAAGCUGCAGUAUCCCUUAUCUGUGGAAGCAAUUACCAGAAGAUAAGUACUUGGUACAAGCGUCUUGAAAUCCUUUGCUGUAAAAGUGGUGCUAUAAAGGGGUUUUGAUGGAAAUAUACAAAGAGAUAUAUUUAGAUUUCUUUUCCACAUCUAAGUAUCUAGUGGUGACCAGGUUCAUGUAUAGUUUUUAUGAUGCAGAUUUUAGAUGGAAGCCUAUUUGUUAUCUGAUACAAUUUCAGGGUUUUAUUCUCUCUAAAUGCAACAGUAACAAUAAAGCAGUAUUAAACAGUGAUAUAUAGAUUUAUGUACAUUAAAAGUUUUUAUAAACACCUGAAAAUAGUAAGAUUAUUCUGUGGGGGUUUUUGCUUUGUUUUGUUUUUUUGUAGUUUUUCCUUUUUAUUUUCACAUUACCAUAGGAGAGUACUAAAAUCCUGCUCAACUUAAAAGUUACCUGAUGGCAUUUGACAUGCUGAUUUUUUUAUUUUUUUUUUUUUAAUGGGAAUAUUCAGGCUUCAUUGCUGCAGCAAUUUUUUGCUGCAGUGAAUCUUAUCUUGACUUUAUUCUGUUUUUUAAACGAGGAAUAGUUCAGAAUGAAACUGCUUUUAGGAAAUUCUGUGUUGAGGAUAUUGCAGCUUUAUUGACAUAUUUAUAUUGUUUUUAAAUUGGGGCGAGCUUGAAAGAAUAGGCACAUAACUCUUUUUUGAAUAUUUUCUUUUUUUUUGCCUAUUAAGGCCAAAAAACUUUCCAGGGAGGCUUUAUGUGUAUUAAGGGGAGCAGUGUGUUGAAUGUAAAUAUUUAUUUAUGUGUAAUUUAAUCGGAUUUGUAAAUAAUGGUGAACUUUUUAAUACUUUUUUGUUUUUAUAAAUGGGUUUCAAAUGUUAAUUUUGGUAAGUAUUUCAAAGGUAAUGGGUAAGCUAAACAUAUCUUUAGGUUUAUGCACAGGUAUGUUAUACAGGGUAUUUAAGACUUUUUAAUAUCUCAAUUCUUGCCACUGAAGAUUAGAUUUAAUCUGAGGUGUAUGCUCACAAAGCAAAAAUUUUGUGCAUCAUUCACCUGGUAACUGACUAAACAUGCAAAAUGAGUGUGUGAGUUAGUGUGUAUGUGAAUAAUGGAGGUUCUGAACUCUCUUUACAUAUUUGUAAAUGUUCCCUAUAUAAUUCUGAUGUAUAUGAUAACCAUAUAAUAAAAGUAUUCUGGAUAGAAGCAUGGAAUGUUUUGUUAACUGAAACCAGUUUUCUUUCUAUACUUUGGGAAUGUGGGGCGAGCAGCACUAGAGGACAUUAUGUAUUGAAUCAUAAUUGCAGCACUUUGUUCAGAUUAACAGAACAGAAAUAUGGAGCUGUUUGCCAGUAAAACUGAUGGUUUCAAUUAAACA